GGCACUUCCGACAACUCUCGGCAGCUCGGAUGUGAUGCACUGCUCUUCUGACUUCGGAAGUUACAGCGUUAUUACAGUGUAGCUCGUAUCAAAUCACACUGACAUUUUAUAAGUAUUAAACUUGUCAGAGGUCUUUCCUUUUCACCAAAUGGCUUAUCCAGGAUACGGCGGAUAUGGGGGCCAAAUGCCAGGCAUGCCACCGCAAGGAAUGCCAGGAGGGCCCAUGAGAGGUCCCAUGCCUGGGAACAUGGGGGGUCCGAUGGGAGGUGGGCCACCUCAAGGAGGAUAUGGACAGUAUGGAAGCUAUCCAGGAACAUUUGGUGCCCAACCCCCACCUGCAAAUGACCCAAUGUGGGGAUACUUUACAGCCAUAGCAGGCCAGGACGGCGAGAUUGAUGCAGAGGAACUCCAGAGAUGUCUGACUCAAGCUGGUUUUACUGGCAGCUACAGUCCCUUCAGCCUGGACACAUGCAGGAUCAUGAUUGCAAUGCUAGAUAGAGACUUGACAGGCAAGAUGGGCUUCAAUGAGUUUAAGGAGCUGUUUUCCGCUCUCAACGGCUGGAAGCAGAACUUCAUGAUGUUUGACCGGGAUCGAAGUGGAACUGUAGAACCUCACGAGAUGACUCAGGCUAUCAACGCCAUGGGCUACCGCAUCAGUCCACAGGCCCUGAAUGCUAUUCUCAAGCGAUACAACAAAGGGGGCAGGGUCUUCUUCGAUGACUAUGUGGCCUGCUGUGUGAAACUCCGAGCUCUCACAGACAACUUCAGGCAGAGAGAUGUCAUGCAGCAGGGAUCUGUCACCUUCCAAUAUGAUGAUUUUAUCCUGUGCACAAUGGCCAUCUAAGUGCUGUCGUCUGUCCCAAUCCACGAGGGCAAGCUGUUUGUGUGCCAAUCAGAACCUAAUUCUGGAUUAUUGUCUCACGGGAAUGCAAGGGAAGGCCAGUAUACUAAGACUGUGCAGCAACAGAAAAUUCACCCACUGCUUGUAAUGCUUACUAUAAUGCAUUAAUUGUGUAUUUUACACAGGGAUGUGCUGAAGAUGUACACACAUAUUAUAAAUCAGCAUUGAAGGGCAAUAUUUUAAAGCCUGUAAUAGAAAUGUUUGUCUUUCAAAAUAAGGGCACAAAUAUUAUAAUCUUUUAAGUUUAUUAAAAAAAAAUGUAAUCUCAUAAAAUCUGCAUGUAGUGGCUUUAAAGGGCUUCAUCAUAAACACCUUUUUGGAUUUGGACUUCAAAAAUACAUUUUUUAUUUAGGAUGAUUUCCAAGAGAUUUUUUUCAAUAACCAAACACCUGUUUUAACAGAAAUUGUAAGAUAUGCUAACAACGUAUCGCUGUUAAAAAGAUGCUCUGAUGUGCCAUUAGACUUUCUGAAUUUACGCUCCAAACACCUUUUGUUGGACUUACAGGAAGUGCAUCACGAGUCACGAUUGAUUGUUGUUACAAAGAACAUGUUCAUUUGCUUUUUAUAUUAAAUGUUUGACAGUAAUGGAUUUUGUCAGCUGCUGUUUUCUCAUUUCCCCAAUCUAAUGUAUACCUCUGUUUUAUACAAUUUACAAAACCAGAUGCAUAUAAAUUAAAUUUACCAAGCAGUCAGUGAUGACUGUGUGUUGGAAAA